UCAUAGAUAGAACCACAAAUACAUAAUCAUAAGCAUCUCCUAAAAUUAUACAAAUUUUCAUUACCACAACCAUGGCUAAAAUUAUUAUUCCAAUAAUCUUAUGCUUUGUUGGGAUAGUUUCAGCUCAAUUGUCCACUGAUUUUUACUCAACAACGUGUUCUGAUGUGCUUUCAACCAUUAAAAGAGAAAUAGAUUCUGCUGUUGGUAAUGAGGCUCGUAUGGGGGCAUCAAUACUUCGUCUUCAUUUCCAUGAUUGUUUUGUUCAAGGAUGUGAUGCAUCAGUACUGUUAGACGAUACAUCAAGUUUCACUGGUGAAAAAACAGCAGGUGCAAAUGCUAAUUCCUUAAGAGGUUUUGAUGUAAUUGACACUAUAAAAACUGAACUGGAGAGUUUGUGCCCUAAUACUGUGUCAUGCGCUGAUAUCCUUUCUGUAGCUGCAAGGGACUCUGUCGUCGCACUGGGUGGACCUAGUUGGACAGUGCAAUUGGGCAGAAGGGAUUCAAUCACAGCAAGUUUAAGUUUAGCAAACUCAGAUUUACCUGGUCCUGGUUCUGAUCUAAGUGGUCUUAUAACUUCUUUUGAUAACAAAGGUUUCACACCCAAAGAAAUGGUUGCUUUAUCAGGAUCUCACACAAUUGGUCAAGCAAGUUGUAGAUUCUUCAGAACCAGGAUUUACAACGAUGACAACAUAGAUUCAUCAUUUGCAACAUCAUUACAAGCAAAUUGUCCUACCACAGGUGGUGAUGACAAUUUGUCACCACUUGACACCACUACUCCAAACACAUUUGACAAUUCUUAUUUCCAGAACUUGCAAAGCCAAAAGGGUCUCUUUUCUUCUGAUCAAGCACUUUUCAAUGGAGGAUCCACAGACUCUGAUGUUGAUGAAUAUAGUAGUGACUCUUCAAGUUUUGCAACUGAUUUUGCUAAUGCAAUGGUCAAAAUGGGGAAUCUUAAUCCAAUUACUGGGUCUAAUGGUCAGAUUAGGACCAACUGCAGGGUAAUCAAUUGAGUUUUGGGGCCUAUUGGGAACAUAUAAUGCAAGUUGAUUAUGGGUAUUUUUCAUUUUUAAGGUGUGCAAUUGUGUAAUAUUAUUGUGGCAAAGUCAAAGUUUCCAUAAAUGUAAGGUGUGUUUGAAUUUUAAAUGGAUUUAUGUCAAUGUUUGCAACUGUUUAAUUA